CAGCAAUUCCUCAGUGAGAGCGGAGAGACGGUGAGCUCAGCUGCAGGGAGACAGAACCAAAUGCAACUCGGAACUCCGUCAGGAAAAACAAGGAUUUUCUCAGGAGAAGAAGAGAAAAAUCAUCCUCCUCCUUGAAGCUGCAGCUCAUCUCACCGUCCAUCACUCCUCAGUGUGAUCUCCUCUGAUUUGGGAAUUCCAAGUUUGGGAAAUCUGCCUUCAAGUCUUAUAUUUUCAUCGAGGGAUUUCUACAAAAGCAUCCUCUUGUGUUCAGUCACAGUUUCCUCCUCUCCAUCUCUUCCCUGGAGGCAGAUUCCAGACUUCGGACUGCCGAAUUCCAGAGUUUGGGAAUACAUUUGGAGAGGCAAGAAGGACAAGGGCAUAGUGUUGCAACUCCACACAAAGAGACCCUGGCUCCUGUAAAGAUGGCUGACGUGGUGCAGCCAGACCCAAACAGCCUGCAGAUACCGGGUGAUAAUUUAUCUGUCCCUUCAUCACCUGCCACAGUUAGAAAUGACUGCAGCAUCACACCCCUCACACCCUCACCCUCGCCGAGGGUGGAGGUCAGGCCCAGGAUGGCCUGUCCGUUCUCUGUUGUUGUGGCGAUAGAUUUUGGGACGACCUCCAGCGGUUACGCGUUCAGCUUCACACAGGACUCAGAGGCCAUACACAUGAUGAAACGCUGGGAGGGCGGUGACCCUGGAGUGGCCAAUCAGAAGAGCCCAACGUGUCUGCUGCUGACUCCUGAUUUGCGGUUCCACAGCUUCGGGUUUGCGGCCCGGGACUUCUACCACGACCUGGACCCAGAGGAGGCCCGACACUGGCUCUACUUCGACAAAUUUAAAAUGAAGAUCCACAGCACAAGUGACCUCACCAUGGAGACGGAGCUGGAGGCGGUCAACGGACGGAGGGUCAGGGCCAUCGAGGUGUUUGCUCACGCCCUGCGCUUCUUCAGGGAGCAUGCUCUAAAGGAGGUGAAGGACCAGUCCUCAUCAGUGCUGGAAGGAGAGGAGAUCAGAUGGGUGAUCACUGUCCCUGCUGUGUGGAGACAACCUGCCAAACAGUUCAUGAGAGAGGCUGCAUACCUGGCUGGUCUGGUCUCUCCUGACUGUCCGGAGCAGCUCCUCAUUGCUCUAGAACCAGAGGCUGCAUCCAUUUACUGCCGCAAGCUCCGUCUCCACCAGGUGAUUGACCUCAGCCAGCAGCCAAUCACAAACGGCCUCGAUCUAGACGGAUCCCGGCCCUUCGACUCCAGCUUCAGACAAGCGAGGGAGCAGUUGAGGCGAUCCAGACACAGCAGGACCUUCCUGGUGGAGAGUGGAACCGGAGAGCUGUGGUCAGAGCUGCAGACUGGUGACAGGUAUAUUGUUGCAGACUGCGGCGGAGGAACAGUUGACCUGACUGUCCAUCAGAUCGAGCAGCCACAGGGAACUCUGAAAGAGCUCUACAAGGCUUCGGGCGGUCCAUACGGGGCUGUCGGCGUAGAUCUGGCCUUCGAAGCCAUGCUGUGCCAGAUCUUUGGCGAGGACUUCAUCCAAAGCUUCAAAGCCAAGCGUCCAGCUGCUUGGGUGGACCUCACCAUUGCGUUCGAGGCGAGGAAGCGGACGGCGACGCCGGGCAGGGCCAACGCCCUCAAUAUCUCCCUGCCGUUCUCUUUCAUUGAUUACUACAAAAGACACAGAGGGCAGAGUGUGGAGGCCGCCCUGAGGAGGAGCAAUAUGAACAUAGUGAAGUGGUCGUCUCAGGGGAUGCUGCGACUGACACAGGAAGCCAUGAACGAGCUGUUCCAGCCCACCAUUGUCAAUAUCGUCAAACACAUUGAGGAGCUGAUGGCGAAGCCGGAGGUGCGCGGCAUACGUUUCCUCUUCCUGGUUGGAGGUUUUGCAGAGUCGCCCAUGCUGCAGAAAGCAGUCCAGAAGGCACUGGGGCGCACGUGCCGCAUCAUUAUCCCCCAUGACGUGGGUCUGACCAUACUGAAGGGUGCAGUUCUCUUUGGGCUGGAUCCCACUGUGGUCAGAGUGCGUCGAUGCCCCUUGACCUAUGGCGUUGGCGUGUUGAACCGGUUUGUGGAGGGGCGCCACCCUCGAGAUAAACUCCUCAUCAAAGAUGGCCGCGAGUGGUGCACCGACAUCCUCGACCGGUUUGUCUCAGUCGACCAGUCGGUGGCUCUGGGCGAGGUGGUGAGGCGCAGCUACACGCCUGCUCGUCUGGGCCAACGGAAAAUCAUCAUCAACAUCUACUGCAGUGCGACAGACGACGUCACGUACAUCUCUGACCCCGGCGUACGGAAAUGUGGGAUGAUAACUUUAGAUCUACCGGAAUCCAUACCGCUACCGGGAGCAGUGGGAGGAGCCGGAGGAGGUGGAGGCCCAGAGAGGAGGGAGAUCAGAGCGACCAUGCAGUUUGGAGACACAGAGAUCAAAGUCACAGCCGUUGACGUCAUGUCUAACCGCUCCGUCCGGGCAUCCAUAGACUUCCUGUCUAACUGAGGAGGAGCAGGAAGUGGAGACAAGGAAUUGAAAACAGAAAUAACUGAUUCCAAGCAUGAUAAUUUUAGAAAAAGCGGUACUUUGGGAGAGGGCCCUAAAUAUUUUUUGGAAAGGACUGGAGCCUUACAUUCAAAGAAGAAGAAGACAGCUCGUAGUUUAGGCUUUACAUUUAAUCCUUAGAGCAGAAAAAAGAUCAUGAGAGGAGCACAUGCUAAAAAGAAAUUCGUUUUAAAUGAACGGUGGGGUGCCCUCUCUGCAGGAAACAGAAGAAAUGAGUUUGUCUGCCCUCUGGCUCCAGUGGAGAGUCUGUCAUGUCACACCAUUUAUGGCAUUUCCUGGUCAGAAAAUAUUCUGAUGAACAUUUCUGUGAGUCCAAAUGCAAGCCGAAUGCUGAAUACAAAUGUCCAGUGCAGUGAGCCAAACAGGUACCACAGAAUUAUUCAACCUGUCUGAGGAGUAUUAAUGAGACAGUUCCCUGGAGAGACUCUACCUAACACAGUAAACUACCUAGAGUGAGACUCACUCGCGUAUGUCCCGUGCUAAAUAUUAAGACUGUUGCCUUUUCUUGUCAUAUAAUUCAUGAUACCUCAUUUAAAUCCUUUUUCAACCUUCAUAUACGUGAUAUGGAUGCUACGACCUGGACUGCAGCUUUGUUUCUCCAAUGUGGUUAUGAUUGUGCACCACCUAGUGGUGACAGGACUGAUUUACUAGCUAAAACAAGAUCUUGGAAUAUAGAAAUUCCCAGGAUAAAUCAAAACGUAUUACAGAAUUUGAAUGUGUCACUUACGUCUGAUUUCACCCAUGUCUUAAAGGAGUUUCAGCAUGUGUGUUACCCUGCAUGGGUGAGGCAUUUCUUCAUUACAUUCUCAGUACACUUAGUCAUUCGAUGAAUAAUGUAGUUAUUGAUUAGGGCAGCUUUAAAGUGACUUCCUGUAGAGAAAAAAGCUAAAUGGGUGAAGGUGUUUGGUUUUUCCACUUUAAGACAUCACCAUGUCACAUCUCAGCCAGCGACUCACCUUUUUAUACUGUGUAUGCUGUAAUAAACUGUAUCCAUGUCUAUGUAUGAAAUAAGAAAAACUUUAUGAACCACUCUAUCACGUUCAAAGCCUUGAAUCUUGUUCAUUGUGACCUGAUCUUUAGUUAACUGUCUUCCAGACUGUGCAGGUUGCAGAAGGUUAAAUUUACGAUACACAGCCGCACAUUUUAAAUCAAAUACAUACAAAUAAAUACACUCGUGCCUGUACCAUUUUUUUUUCCUGGAACAAUGAUCAAUCACUUGGCUAUGCAUUGAUAAAGUGUGAGGCAGAACAGUGAGCACAAUGUGAUUUCAGCUGUGAAUUUAUUGAUAAGAAUGGUCCAAUAAAUAGUUUCACACAG